CGUCCCUAGCAGAUGAUAUUCUGGCAGCAUGAAACGGUGGUUUCGGACCGGAGCGACCUUGUUGGUUGGAGCGGGAAUCGGAGCUUCAGCGAUCCGCCUGCUGAGCCUCAGCGGCCGUGUUGAGGAGGAGGAGAAACACGGUCCUCAUCCGGGUCAUCCAGGUCUUUUGAGCAGAGUCCCGGUGGUCCCGGUACCGAGAGUCCAGGCCUCCGAGCUGACGGUGAGUCCAGGUGGGUCAGGAGCCGUGAUGAAGUACGGCUUUCCCUCAUUGGCCAACAUCAAAACCAGAGAGUCCUACGUCACCUCGUAUGACCCCCGCACACGCACUGCAUCCUGGGUAAUAGAGAGGCUAAACCCCGCCUCCCUGAGCGGCACAUCAGACAGGAAGUACUGCAACUUCAAAGAGGACGACAGCGUGCACAUUUUCCACAGGUCGACCAAUGCAGACUUUAGGGGGAGUGGCUUCGACAGAGGUCACCUGGCAGCUGCAGCCAAUCACAAGUGGAGUCAGAAAGCGAUGGAAGACACUUUCUACCUGAGCAACGUGGCCCCACAGAACCCUCACCUGAACCAGAACACCUGGAACAAUCUGGAGAAACUGUGUCGCUCUCUCACCAAACGUUACCUCAACGUCUACGUCUGCACCGGACCGCUCUACCUGCCCAGGCAAGAGGCUGAUGGGAAACUCUACGUCAGAUAUCAAGUUUUAGGACGAAACCACGUCGCCGUGCCAACGCAUUUCUUCAAGGUGCUGAUCCUGGAGCAGGUAGAUGGUAAAGGGGUGGAGCUUUGGUCGUAUGUUUUACCCAACGAACCAAUAGAUGAGCAGGUUCCUCUGGAGCGUUUCCUGGUUCCCAUAGAAACCAUCGAGAGAGCCUCAGGACUCCAUUUUGUGCCGAACAUCAUGAAGAGAACCAGCAGCCUGCAGGCCAUCACGGCCAGAUGACCACUACCCACAAUGCUCCUCUUCAGAUGGACUCCACUACCCACAAUGCUCCUCCUCAGAUGACCUCCACUACUCACAAUGCACCUCUUCAGAUGGACUUCAUGGCCAUGUAGUUAUGCGCGACGAUGUACUCAUGUGACAUUUGUAUGAAUCUGAAUGUUUGUGUAAAAUAUUUAUUAUUUCAAAUAAAUUCUGAUUAGAUUAUAAAAUUUAUUAAAGAAAUGAAUUUAUUAAAUAUCUAAACCUGUUUCUUUAGACACUUAAUGGCUUUAAUGUUGUCUGUAAAUUAAUAAAUUAAUUAAAACAUUAUCUUUGACAUUAAAUUCUCCAGAUGAUCAUUAAAACUCUAGUUUUACAUAUUUUUAUGCUCAUAAAUCGUUUUUUUUUUUUUAAAGUUCUAUGUAAAUGAAAUAAAAAUCUUUCAUUACAACAUUAAAGACAAAAUAUCAGAAACAGCCUGAAAAUCAAUCAUUAGGAUCUUCAAAAUAAAAUCCCACUGAUCCGAUCAGAAUGUGUCUCCAUUGGUCAGCUGUGAUGUCACUUCCUGCUCUGUAAAUACACACUAAAAACUAAACGUCCUUUCUGACAGAAUUAAUUGUUUUUAAGCAGCAAUAAUAAAGCAAAAUAACAGUU